AUGGGGGCUAAGGCAUCCAAGCUGUCGAAGGACGAUUUGCAGAGUUUGAAGCAGUCGACGUAUUUUGAUCGUCGGGAGAUUUUACAGUGGCAUAAGGGGUUUCUCAGGGAUUGUCCCAAUGGGCAGUUGACCAGGGAGGAGUUUGUGAAGAUAUAUAAGCAGUUUUUCCCAUUUGGAUCGCCUGAGGAGUUUGCAGAACAUGUAUUUUCUGUUUUCGACAAGGAUAACAAUGGGUCGAUUGACUUCAAGGAGUUUAUUACGGCAUUGAGUACUACUUCGAGGGGGACGUUGGAGGAGAAGCUUGUAUGGGCGUUUCAGCUGUAUGACUUGGACCACGAUGGGUUUAUUACGUAUAAUGAGAUGUUGACGAUUGUGACCAGUGUUUACAAGAUGAUUGGGUCGAUGGUGAAGUUGAGUGAGGACGAGGCCACGCCGGAGCUUCGGGUAAAAAAGAUAUUUAAGCUGAUGGAUAAGAAUGAGGACGGAUACAUAACGCUAGAUGAGUUUAGAGAGGGUUCCAAGGUUGAUCCUUCUAUUCUUAGUGCUCUGAACCUGUAUGAUGGGCUAGUGUAG